CUGCGCGGGGUGCUUGCGGUGCUGAAGGAGCUCGAGGCUGAGGGCGCUGGGACCCGGGAGUGGCUGGUUCGCUCGGCUGCACGCGCCUCAGCGAUGUUUUACUCAGGCCUCCUCACCGAGGGCGGCCGCAAGGAGACCGACAUGCGAGAGGCGGCAUCGCUGCGACAGCAGCGCCGGAUGAAGCAAGCGGUUCAGUUCAUCCACAAGGACUCCGCCGACCUGCUGCCCCUGGACGGCCUUAAGAAGCUGGGCUCGUCUAAGGACACGCAACCUCAUAACAUUCUGCAGAGGCGCCUCAUGGAAACCAACCUGUCUAAGCUCCGAAGCAGUCGUGUUCCUUGGGCCUCCAAGACCAACAAACUCAAUCAGGCUAAGUCUGAAGGACUAAAGAAGUCUGAGGAUGAUGACAUGAUUUUGGUUUCUUGCCAGUGUGCUGGGAAGGAUGUGAAAGCCUUGGUUGACACAGGCUGUCAGUAUAAUCUCAUAUCCUCAGCCUGCGUGGACAGAUUGGGACUCAAGGAGCUUGUUAAAUCUCACAAGCAUGAAGGAGAAAAGCUUACUCUGCCCAGGCAUCUUAAGGUAGUGGGUCAGAUUGAGCAUCUAGUGAUCACCCUGGGCUCCUUUUGCCUGGACUGCCCAGCAGCUGUGGUUGAGGACAAUGAGAAAAACUUGUCUCUUGGUCUCCAGACUCUCCGAUCCCUGAAGUGUAUCAUAAACUUGGAUAAGCACCGACUGAUCAUGGGGAAGACUGACAAGGAAGAGAUCCCUUUUGUGGAGACCAUUUCUUUGAAUGAAGACAACACUUCAGAAGCAUAACUGCAGCCUGCAGGAUGUCUGCAUUUGUGCACACACCAGGUUGACAGAUUGAGAUGGGUUUGAACCGAACGUGUAGCGACUUGCUGUGGACCAAGUCCCCCCUUCCAGUAGAUACUCCAGGGGCUCCUUUUCCCCUAGACCUCUCUAGACUAUAGUCUGUGCUUAGAGAUCUUGUCUGGUGACAGCCAUUGUUUUUUACUCCUUUGAUCUCUUAAUUCAAUAGAUCUUUUUGACACUGCCAGGUCUCACUUGUGGCCUAUUUCUCUGCUUCUUUCCAAACUUUGCUUUUAUUAGUCAAGUAUAGGGGCUGCCAGGUUCUAUUUCUUCAUAGAUACACUGCUUCUUUUCCUAUACCCAAAUAUAUAAUAAAUAGGAACCUGACUUUUACCUCCUUUCAGCUGUUUCAAACAGAAGUAGGAAAUCUUUGUCUUGGAAUUGGAAUCUGCUGAUUAAUUCAUUGAUUUCUCAGGUAUGAACUGAACUGAAAGAGCCUGGAGUGGUCACCUAGUCCAAACACUUCAUUCAAAGGUCCAGAGAGGCAAGUGAAUUCUUUAAACUCAUAUAUUAAGUCAGUGACAGGAGGGACCUAAAACUCAGACCUGAUUUCCAAGCCAGGGCUCUUGUGCUGCCGCAUUUGAUUUCAAGCCUUAACAGGAGGGCAAAGGAGUGAGAGUGUGUGAAAAGGGCAGAGUAGGGAAAGAAUAUGUUUUGGAAAUGGAUGCCAGGAGGAUCUGAGUAGCCCUCCUUUCUGUGUGCCAAGCCCACUAGAAGUACCCUACCCAAACUAUUACAUUUAGGGCCUUCUUUUGAUACCCAAACCUGAGGGUACAGAGAUGAAUCGAGGUAGUCUUUCACUGUGAACUUCUUGGAGAGGAAGAAGGGAAAGAGAUCACAGAAAGAUGAAUAUUAAUCCCUGUCUGAGACAUAUCACUGAUGGCUUUAGUAAAUAAUCUAGGCAUCACUGUGAGACAUUGAUUACCCCCAAGAUCCAGUCAGUUUUUCCACCCAGCCUAUUAUUUAUCUGACAGAGACUCAAGUAUCUCAAAAUAGGGGUAAAGAAAGGAAAUGAAAAAAACCCAGAGCAGGAUUGGAA